AUGAAUUCUGAAAAAGAUUUCCAAUAUGACAUCCAUGAUGUAUAAAAUAUUAAAACUGCCUUUUUGGAUUUAUAACAGGAAGAGAGCACUGGAUUUAAAUUGGGAUUAGGAGCUGCUAUUUUCUCUUACUUUGCAUUAAGAAGAUUUACAUAUUUAAGGACAGGACCAAGAUUCGUCGGAUCAAUGAUCUUUGGCUCUUAAGUAUAUGGCUUCUACACCCAUAGAUCUAGAGCAUAUUAUGAUUAUGUGGCUCAAUAAGUAAAUUUGCAUGCAUCCGAAGCAAUUAAUCAAUGCCUUGGACAUUGACUAUACGAUCAUUUAUCAAUAUAAAAUACAAAAUAACAUAUCUAUUGUA